AUGGCAGAGUCAACCCCUGCUACUCUUACUCCUCCUUCUCCUUCCUCGACCGAAGUUGCCCUUGCUACUACCACUGACGAACCUGUCCAAGAACAUGAAGAUAACACCCCUGCCCCUCCCGAACCCAUUCGAUGGUUCCAUGCCGUAGACUCGCCUUUGACAAAACCGAACGAGCCCAAGAAGAACCCAAAGAUCCCUGCACCCCCAAGGAAGCCUGCCACCACCUGGGUGCCCUUUAGUAUCCGGGACUCCAACGCACUCGAUCGUGCCUACGCACUGACCCAACCAAUUCGCGAAGAAAAGACACAACAGCCUGGUCAGGAUGGCAAACGUAUUUCAGAAGACCUACUACCACUCCCACAGCAACAGCAUCAACACAGCAGACAGGACCCUCCUUCGAAAAUUCAGGUUCCCGAUGCCAAUGGACAAUUCCAGGCUUCGUCAAUAGCAGCAACGACGACAGGAGCAGGAGGAGGAGAGUCGAUUCUGGUGAAUGAGGAUUAUCUAUUCGAGGUCAACAUUCAUAAGAUGGAAAUCAAGCCUGUUUACUGGGUUGGUCCUACUUAUGAAGUCAGGCGUGCAGUGUGGUUCUUGCAGAUAGAUGGCAAGUUUGUCCCCUGUGAGGUCAACCUCUCUCAGCAGAUUGAAUACGGAUACAGCAAGCAUCGCCCUUGGAUCGCACCGCCCCCACCUGCAUUGGAUGCCACUGGCAAGGAGAUCAUUGAGGAGAAACCGGAGAAGAGCUGGGCACUCCUCGGCAAAUACAUCUCUCAAUACGUCGUCUUUACAGACGCUCACCAUGCCUGGUUGCUGAGUGACGAUAUCACAAGCAAAGUGGCUAAAACCAUCUUCACAAAGGUCACCUGGAAUGCAAACCUGGGCGGCGCACGUCUCAUUCGCGGUUGGGAUGAGGUCGAGAAGUUCCAAUCCAAAAAGGCAUCUGAGGAAGCAGCACAGAAGAAAAAGGAGGGGACUGACACCAAGAAGAAGGAAACGUCCGAGAUUCAAAAGAAGAAGGAAGUCGCGGCGACACUCAAACAAAAGACAAAGCGCCUGACCGAGGAAGAGAAGGAUAGCAUCCAGGAAUCACACGAGAUUGGCGACUACGAGGAAGAGAACGAAGAGCGAACCAUUGACCAUUUGGUUCUCGUCAUUCAUGGAAUCGGUCAAAAGUUGGGAGACAGGAUGGAGGGUAUCAACUUUAUCCACGACGUCAAUGUCAUGCGCAGAACCAUCAAGGACACUGCUGAAACAUUCAUUCCACCAGCACCAGGCACAUUAACACCCACAUCAGGGACUGAUAGCAAUGGCCGCGACACGCCCACAAGGAGGAGAGGAUCGACUGCUUCCAAGAAUCCCUACGCAAUGCCCUCAGGAUCAGGAGUUCAAGUCCUGCCUGUGGAGUGGCGUCACCAGAUUGUCUUUGGGAUUGCCAGCGACGAUGACGAAAAUUUGCAACGCGACUUGAGCACACCUGAGGUGGAGGAAGGCUGCCCGACCAUGGAUGAUAUCAUGCUAGAUGGAGUUCCCACCAUCCGCAUGCUUGUCUCUGAUGUUCUCAUGGAUGUGCUGUUGUACAUGACACCCAACUACAAGCGUAAGAUGAUGGAGGUUGUCACUGCCGAGCUCAACAAUGUCUACCAAAAGUUCAUUUUCCACAACCCAGACUUUAUUCGACGAGGAGGCAAGGUUUCGAUUUUGGGACACUCACUGGGGUCGUUGCUUGCACUGGACAUUCUCAACCACCAACCCUUCAGCCCCAACCACUACCAGCCCAUCCCAUCAUCGCCUGUCUUUGAGAAGUUUAUCUCGUUCGACCACGGAUCUUACAACCCGGUCUCGCUAGACUUCCCUGUCACAAACUUUUUUGCGCUUGGAAGUCCAAUAGGCUUGUUCUUGUUGCUCAAGGGCUGCAAGUUGGGCGCGAGAUUGUCAGACUCAACCACUACGGGCGAAUCUGCCGCGAUACCUUGCUUCCGGCCUGCGGUCGAAAAUCUUUACAACGUCUUCCAUCGUUCAGAUCCGGUAGCGCAUCGUGUCGAGCCUCUUAUCUCGCGCUCAUUUGGAUCGAUGAAUCGACCUGCAUUGGUUCCUUACCACAAAGGAGGUUUGAAGGGUCUUCACCUUGGAAUUCAGGACUUUGGAAACGGUCUGGCCAACCGCGCCAACACAAUGAUCGAAUCUGUGAAACUUGGAAUCACCACAUCGAUGUUUACGCGUGCUCUUGGCUUCAAGACCAAUCCUGUGGGUAACGCUACUCUGAUUCACAACAACAAGCUGCAGGAAACUGGUGGAGGGUCAGCCUCGACAAGCGACACGGAGAUGACCACUGUUGGCGAUGGAUCUGAGCAGGUUGACGGUGCGACCAACGGAACUGCGUCUCCGCGUUUGAACGCCGAGACUAACAACAUUAUCAGCAAGGCCAAGGUCAGGGCAUUGAACAAGACUGGGCGCGUCGACUGGUGUCUGCAAGAGGGAGUCUUUGAGAACGCCUACAUCUCUGCCCUUUCAGCACCCAACAAGAGCGGAAAGCCCUCCCUUCAGAAACCCGCCCCGCAAAAGUCAAGCACGCGUCUCAAGUUCAAGUACAUCCCGUCGAUCGACAAUGUGGACGAGAACCUUGUGAUUUUCUUUCACGGCUUGGGCGACAAGAUCGAGCCAAAUUUCACAAAGCUCGCCAGGAGUUUGCAGUUGCCCCAGACGGCUGCUGUUUGUAUCCAGGCUCCCACGCCGGUUCCUUAUUUGGAGGAGGAAGGGUACCAGUGGUUCCCGUCGUUCAACAACCUUACCGGUGAUUUACUGGGACCAGAGGCGCCGGAGAGGAUUCUGCAGGUCAAGAACCUUGUCCGCCCAGAGCUCGUCAAGUUCCUGAAGCACUGCGUCGACCAUUGCGGUUUCAACCAUCGCCAAAUCGUUUUAUUCGGAUUCUCACAGGGAGCCGAGAUUGCAUUGGACCUGGCGGCGUUUGGAGGGAUGAACCUGCGGGCGGUGGUCAGUAUUGCAGGGUAUUUGAUGGAAGAAUCUGCGAAUGGAACGGCGGCAGUGAGUCCGUUGACGACAAAGAUUAUGGUUGUUCAGGGCGAUAAGGAUGCGACUCGGACGGUGAAGGAAGCCAAGGAGCGGAUUAAGCCUGUGCAGCGGAUCUUUGGGAAGGGAAAUGUCGAGCAGCGGAUCGUCCCUGGAAUGGGCCACGGUAUGCCCCAUGACGAGCCGGGAUGGAGACCGUUGAUGGAGUUUUUCGCAAACAACUUGGAGCACCGGUCUGUCGCGCUAGAGAACAUGUCAGAUGUCUACGAAGUUCGAGGAUAA